UUCAUACAACGUCAUCCGUGUUGCCCAAUGGCUCUCUGAAACAAAGGGGUUGUUUGAAUUUGGUUGGUUGGUAAACCGAGUACAGGGUUAACGUUAGAGGAGAUUAGUUACCUGAAGUCUGCCCCUUGACACUUUAGGAGUUAAGCUUGCGUUCAGUUACGUUCCUUUAUCCGUAGCUUGAUAUAAUUUCUCUGUAUGCAGACAUGGUGGAGCCGACAGCACACACGUUUUCUUCCCUAGAAGAGGAGGUGGGGUUCUGGAAGGAGCAGGCACACUUCCACAAGCAAAGGGCUGACGAGGCUCAGGACGAGCUGCAAGAAUUCCAGCAGAUGAGUCGAGACUAUGAAGCCGAACUGGAAACGGAGCUGAAGCAGUGUGAGAGUCGAAACAAAGAGCUGCUGUUGGACAACAACAGAUUCCGUCUAGACCUGGAGAACAUAAAGGAGAAAUUUGAGACGCAGCACUCCGAUGCUCUGAGGCACAUCUCUACGCUGGAGGAAGAUCUGACAGAGACCACUGCCAUUCGAGAUCAACUGCAGAAGUACAUCAGAGAGCUGGAACAGGCCAACGAUGACCUGGAGAGGACCAAGAGAGCUACCAUCAUGUCUCUGGAGGACUUUGAGCAGCGGAUGAACCACGUCAUCGAGAGGAACGCCUUCCUGGAGAGUGAGCUGGACGAGAAGGAGAACCUGCUGGAGUCGGUCCAGAGGCUCAAGGACGAAGCAAGAGAUCUUCGUCAGGAGCUGGCAGUCCGACAGAAGGAGAGACGGCCGUCCAGCAGCCUGGGAAAAGACUCGGAUCGAUCCGAACUCUCCUGCUCCUCUCCAGUGAAUCUGUCCGUCGCUUCCAAACCUGCCAGCUCAUACAUGACGCCGCCUGCCUCCAGCAUCCGGCGAGGAGACGGUCUAACGGGGACCCCGCUAACCACGUCUGCCAGAAUAUCGGCUUUAAACAUCGUUGGGGAGCUGCUGAGAAAAGUUGGGAAUUUGGAGUCGAAGCUGGCUUCCUGUCGAGACUUUGUGUACGACACGUCAGUGAGCAGACCGGCUCUCCCGGCUGGCCCAGGUAGUCCCUCGGGUUCAGAAACGGGUCCAGAGGUCCAGACCUGCAGCUUAAGCCCUCCUCCUCACUACGAAAGUUUGGUGAAGCGGUUAGAGUUCGGGCCCGCCCCUCCAAGAGGACUCUCCCAGGGGCCCCAGUCUCCACAGGCAGGGGUCAAGAUCCUGCUAUAGGGUGGAAAAUUGACGAGCCAUCACCAGUACCUCCUCCUCCAACCACAGCAGGGUGUUGUCCCGUUUCCGGACCCCUGCGUGGACGUCUGGAGCCUCGGGCGGAUCGCUGGAGGCAGCGUGGUGUUUUGUGCAGAACCUGUUAGUCCCUUUGUCUCGGAUGCUGCGUUUUGUUUCUGGAGCUCCUGGCUGAGGACCAAUAAUCUGAAGUGUUUAUGACCAAAGCUGCGAUAGAAGCAUUUGAGAUUGCUGCCGUCAUCGUCGAGUUUUGCUGUGAAUCCAAAACCGAUCGAAUCCUCUAACAGUUUUCUGGGUGCUUGAAUUUUAGACUUUUCUUGCAAGAAAUCUAAUAUUAAAGAGUUUUACUUCAGAGCGGAACAUUUUCAUGCUUCAGGUUUACCGUCUAGUGCUAAAAACAUUUCCUGUUUAAGGCACUCGUGCACUACUGAGUGAUAACUCGGAGGGUUAUGGGGAGAGAAAUGGAGCAAUAAUAGAUUUUAACAGGUCAGAUAAGCACAGUUUAUAUCACAGGUGUGGAGCUGUGAUCCAGUAGUGCCUGCUUUCAUGAGAGGUUAGUCGAGUGGCAGCAGCUCUCGUAGGUCAGAUGUUCCCAGCUAAUCGUAUCUAACACUAGCCUGUAGGAUUAACGCUGCUGCUCACCUUCUCCUGGGCUAACGGGAGUUUUCUGUCAUUGUGAACCGCUUCUCUUUGUGCCAGAGAUACUGGAACAACUUAUUUUCUGCUGAUCUCAGAAAUGAGUAAAGUCAGACCAAGACAGAAAAAUAAAAGGGCAAUGUCAAAAUGUU